GUCAGAGUCAGAGGAACCAAAUAAAUAGGGGAAACGCUGGAAGACCGAGUGUGUUUUUAAGAAGUCAACACGAUCUGCAAGAUUGGAAUAAACAUGUCUGGCAGUCUCACUACAGGCAGCAGUACCUCUGGGUUCACCACUGCAGAACCUCCUGUCACACGUCUCAGUUUGGAGGCUCUUGACAUCGCUGUGGUUGUCGUGUAUUUUAUCUUUGUCAUGGUGGUUGGCAUCUGGUCAUCAGUACGAGCCAAUCGCAGCACUGUAGGCGGCUACUUCCUGGCUGGUCGUUCAAUGACCUGGUGGCCUAUCGGAGCCUCACUGAUGUCCAGCAAUGUUGGAAGUGGUUUGUUUAUCGGUCUAGCAGGAACAGGAGCAGCAGGAGGCAUCGCUGUUGGAGGAUUUGAAUGGAAUGCGGCGUGGGUCCUGGUGGCACUGGGUUGGAUCUUUAUUCCUGUCUACAUCUCUGCUGGUGUGGUGACCAUGCCCGAAUACCUCGCCAAGCGCUUUGGAGGCCAGAGGAUACGCAUAUACAUGUCUGUUCUGUCACUCAUCCUCUACAUUUUCACCAAAAUAUCUACAGAUAUCUUUUCGGGGGCAUUGUUCAUCCAGGUGUCGUUGGGCUGGGAUCUCUAUCUGUCCACAGGUAUACUGCUGGUGGUCACUGCUGCUUACACUGUGGCAGGUGGUUUGGCAGCAGUGAUCUACACUGAUGCGCUCCAGACUGUGAUCAUGGUUGGGGGAGCCUUUGCACUAAUGUUCAUAGCAUUCUCCAAAGUUGGCUGGUACGAGGGCCUCAUGACCCAAUAUAUGUCAGCUGUUCCCUUAGUGACAGUCGCUAACACCACCUGCCACCUUCCUCGUAGUGAUGCUUUCCGCAUGUUCAGAGACCCCGUGUCAGGGGAUAUACCCUGGCCAGGUCUGGUGUUUGGGCUCACGGUGCUGGCUACAUGGGUCUGGUGCACAGAUCAGGUUAUAGUCCAGAGAUCUCUGUCAGCCAAGUCUUUGUCUCACGCCAAAGGAGGAAGUGUGUUGGGCGGCUACCUCAAACUGCUGCCCAUGUUCUUCAUUGUCAUGCCAGGCAUGAUCAGCCGAGCACUGUUCCCAGAUGAAAUAGGUUGUGUGGAUCCAGCGGUGUGUAAGCGUGUGUGUGGAGCUUCAGUCGGUUGCUCCAAUAUCGCCUACCCUAAACUAGUGAUAGAGCUAAUGCCUAUGGGUCUUCGAGGUCUGAUGCUAGCAGUGAUGUUAGCCGCUCUGAUGUCAUCUCUGACCUCCAUCUUUAACAGCAGCUCCACUCUGUUUACACUGGACCUCUACCACCGAGCCAGACCUAAUGCUUCUGAGAUGGAACUCAUGAUUGUUGGAAGGGUGUUCAUCCUGGUCUUGGUGUGUGUCAGUCUGUUGUGGAUUCCAGUCAUCCAAACAGCCAAUAGUGGCCAGCUGUUUGAUUAUAUCCAAUCAGUGACCAGCUUUCUAGCUCCUCCCAUUACCGCUGUGUUCAUGAUGGCUAUCUUCUGGCCACGUGCCAAUGAGCAGGGUGCAUUCUGGGGUCUGAUGAGUGGAUUGGUGGUGGGACUGAUCCGCAUGGUUCUGGAGUUCUCUUAUUUAGCUCCCUCCUGUGGUCAGCCUGAUCAUCGCCCUGCUAUCGUGGCUGAUGUCCACUACCUGUACUUUGCUCUCAUCCUGUUGGCUCUCACCUGCCUCAUCAUUGCUGCUGUCAGCUUGGCCACCGCCCCGAUACCUAAAGAAAAUCUGCACAGGCUGACCUGGUGGUCCAGAUACAGCCAGGAGCCCCGGGUGGACCUCACAGGACCUCAGAUCCCGUCUGACCCAGUGAACUCUGACGUCAGCUGUGACUCUGACCGUCUGCCGGACUCCUGGUGGCGGAAAGCUGCUCUCAGGCUCUGUGGUCUAACUGGUGCAAACUCUGGCUCUGCACCUCCAGUGACUGAGACCAGUGGACUGAACUCCCUGCAGGAGAAUCCGUUCUGGAGGAGAGUCUGCAAUAUUAACGCUCUAUUGCUACUGACUAUUAAUGUGUUUCUCUGGGGAUUCUUUGCUUAAUGUGCAGGUGUCAUGGAACCCUGAGCAGGGUGUUUUCACUAAGGUUAGACUGAUGUACUGGCAUCUUGUCUUAUGUUGAAAACGUGUGAUGAAAUGAAAGCCUUGGUCCAGUGGCUAAACCAAUCAGAUACUGUGCUGGAUCUGUAUUCUAACUGACUGAAUAAUGAUCAUGCUAUAAUUUGAUUUAAUCACUGAAAUGUCCAUAACUGACUUUCAAGGUCUGUAAUCAGUUUUCAAACACUCCUAAAAGGAAAGCUGAGAGAGCCCCGCCUCUGAGUGACAUCCAUGCACUGAUUCAGACACCCCUCUCAGAGGUGGGGGUCUAACAUGUAGGUAACAACAAUAAAUGGAGAAUAAUGGAAAACAAU